UUGGUGUUCUUCAGCGGAGAUUGUACCCUUGCCCCUGGCCUACGAUAGCAUUACAUACGAUUGCAGGGGAUUAAAACCCCGAACCUUCCUUUCUCUUCUCCAAUUUCCUUUUGAUCCUCCAAUCUUCUUCACCUUCCAGGAAAUACGUACCCAGAUAUAUAUAGAUAAAGAUAUUUGCUCAACUAGUAGGUGAGCAUGGCUACUCAAUCGGCAGCUCCUCCCAAUACUUCGGACGAUAAACUUCGAAACCCGGGUCCUGAAACUAUGCAACCAAAUGUUGAUCAGCCCCAAGAAGAGCCUGUAAAACAGAAUUCAACAUCAGUAUUUGUGAACCCACAACCUAUGCGGGAAGAGGAAGUACAGAAUGCUGUGAAAUUUCUAUCGCACCCAAAAGUUAGAGGCUCACCUGUCUUAUACCGGAGAUCAUUUCUGGAGAAGAAGGGCCUCACAAAGGAGGAGAUAGAUGAAGCCUUUCGCCGUGUGCCGGAUUCACCUCCAAAUGUGCUGACAUCUGGUGAAAAUAAAGAUGGGCAGCUGAAGACAUCAUCAAACGUUCAGCAACAAAACUUGGCACAGACUGUGCAGCAGGGCGCAUCUACUUCUACUGGUACUGCUAUUUCAUAUCCCAGAUUUCACUGGUCCCAAGCCAUUAUAGCAAUUGGAUUUCUUACCGCUUCAAGUGCUGGAACAGUUUUAUUAAUAAAGAAUUCGUUUCUUCCUCGAUUAAAAUCUUGGAUACGCAAGGUUGUAUUGGAAGAUGAUGAACCAUUGAAGAAAAUAGUCUCAAAACCGUCUUUAGCAGAAGAAGCAGCACUAGCUGCAAAAGCUGCUGCGGCUGCAGCUGCAGAUGUGGCAAAAGCUAGCCAGGAAAUGCUGGUUUCACAAAGUGAAGAGAGGAGAUACUUUGGAGAACUCGUGAGCCUUGUCGACAAGCAAGUACAAGAAAUGAAGUUGAUGACUAAUGCUAUAAGAAGAUUGGAAGCUUCUAGUGGAGCUGUUCUUUUGGAGCAUGAGGACCACCAAGUCACUCAAGCAAGUUCAAAGCAAGUGAUUGCAAAUGGCAAGGUGGACUAUAGCAUGCAUUCAGGGAGCUAUUCAUCAACACCUGCUUCUACUGGACCAUCUACUGCUCCCCAUCCUAAGUCAUAUAUGGAGAUAAUGGCCAUGGUCCAGAGAGGGGAGAAGCCUUCGAACAUUAGAGAUAUUGAUGAUCGCCCCCCCAAUCCAAAUCAACAACCAUCAAAUCCUCGCAUGGCACCAAGAGCCAAGCCUUGGGAGGUUAGUCAUGUGCAAAGCACUGAAACCCAAAUGCUUCAACCUUGGGUCAGUGGUGAAGACUUGAAUUCCAAGUUUCAAGACACCUCCAUUGAAGUGAAUGGUGACGCUCCAGUUCCCUGGUGGCAACGGAAAAAUGUUAGAAUCAGCGAGAUAGAUGAUGGCAAUGAGCACGGUGCAGAACCAAAUGGUGUUCCAUCUAGUCGUCAGCAGCAGCAGCCAGUCAGACGCACAUGGGUUCCACCUCAGCCUCCUCCUAUAGCAAUGCCAGAGGCUGCUGAAGCCAUUAGACGGCCCAAAUCGGUGGCUCAGAAGGAACAGGUGCGAGAUGAUUUGUCAGCAGCCCAUUCUUCAGACAUGUCUGAUGAGGUGCGAGACAUCCCAAAAACGUCUGAAUCCGAAGGCGCUACAGUUGACAGCGGACUCAGCUCAAUGCCCAAAUCUGGUGAGAUACAAACAGCUCAGGAAGUCAAUUAGUCAACUACGAAGAGGAAUAAAGCCAGGUCAGGUCAUGUUACUUAAUUAGCUUGAUUCAUCGCUUUGUGAAGUUGGUAGCAGUUGUCCAAAGUUCAGGAUGAGCUUGAAAGAACCUUUGUUUUAUAUAAUCAUACCUUGUCUGAACUUUUGGCCAAUCAUCAAUACAAGAUACGUGCAUAUUUUCAUAUGACAGAAUAAUAUUUUAAUUUGUAUCAAGCAAUGAUCAAUGAAUGUUAUUGUAGACCUGUA